GAAAGAACAGAACAACAAUGUAUUUUUCAUGAAAAAUGCUUAAAUUAAGAAAGGUUAGCAACGGAUGAACCAUGGAUCAACCUUGGGACAAUACGUUCGUCAAGGAUGUACCUCCAGAUUUCGAUGUCAUCCGGAAACGGGAGGAUCGCAAGGAGAGAAUUAAACCUUUUUGGGAUCUUCUUGUAAAUGACAAAGAACCUAAAGUAGGCAAGGAUGCAUUCAUUAACCUUAUGCAUGACUUAAAAGAGGAGGGCAAUGCACUGUUCAAGGAAGGUCAUUAUGACAUUGCGUGGAUGCACUACCGUAAUGCUAUCUUUGUGGUGCGAAUCCUGGAGAAUCGAUUUUACUAUACAGUUGACAGGGAGUUCACUUCGUCCCUUUUCUCGAACAGAGCCUUCUGUUGUCUAAAGAAGAAUAUGUUUAAGGAAGCUAUACAAGACUGUGACUCCGCUAUUAAAGGAUCUCCUAAGAACAUCAAGGCAUAUUAUAGACAGGCUCAGGCUUUUAAACAACUUAAGGAAUACCAGAAAGCGUACAAGGCCGCCUGCAAGGGACAGGAAAUGCAGCCAAUCACUGCCCUUAAAGACCUGAUAGAAGAGCUAGAACCAUUUGUGUCAUCUUCCAUCAGAAAACCAAAGACCUUGGCAUCUGCAGAGGCCUCCGUAAAAACAGCCCAAAACGUGGCCCCUGAUUGUCCAAAACCAGAUGAUGAUUGGCUUACGGGAACUAACGUGACUGUCACUCAAAAGCACUUGGAGUCAAAGGGGAAAAUGACAAAAAAGAGUAAAAAGAAGAACAAGAGUGGCACUCCUAGCCAGACAAAGACAAUGAUUCAGAAACAGCAGGAGACGGAAUCGGAGAGCGAUGAAUCGAGCGGCAGUCCCGGACCUGAGGAUGAUACAGAGUUUGCUAACAUGCUAACAGGUGUGAAGUCAGGCUCAGCUAUUCUUAACGGAGGACGAGGCAGGCUAGAGGGUGGCCUGAAGAUUAACAUGCCAACUGCUGAAGAAGAGGCUGAGCCCUGGAGCUUCCCACAUGACGCUGAGGAGGAAAUAGUUCCUGGCAAUACUGGGGCGGCUGGUGGAGGUAUGGGAUUGGACACCUUUUCUCCGACGAUUCACGAUACUCAUUCAGUUGGAUCAGAGAGUGCCAGUGCAGGAACAAGCAACCCGUCCUCUGGCCGAAGUUCUAGAGCAUCGCAGAGCCCCGCGAAGACCCUUGCCAUAGCAACCAGCCACCCAGCGCCAUCUUUGAGCCCUCCAUCUGCUCCACAAAUCGACUUCCCGCUUCUGAACGAUUACGAUUUCAUGCUUGUCUGCAAGCAGUGUUUCCUUAAGAUUGGUGAAGGUGUGAAAGGAUUCCGCUAUGUUAGCGUGAAUCAUAAUUGUGCGCGGGAUACAAUGAUCGUAAAGAGACGGGACCUUCCUGGCAUGCAUUGGAUUAAGAUUCGACCACGUCCUGAUGCGAAGGGUCAUAUUGGGAAGUACAAGGUCUGCAAGGAAUUUAACAACAACAAGCCAUGUAAAGUGUCCGAAGAGAAAUGUACCUUUCCCCACACCCAGGCUGAGCUACAGGUCUGGAGUCUGGACAGGGAGGGGCGGUUCUGUGUCAACACGUUUUUGGAACAGUGCAGGGCUAACAAGAUCUUCAACAACAUAAGCUUAUCAGCCCACAGAUCUAAGCAGCAAUACAUACCAGGCCUGAACUAUGUGGGUAACAAAAACAGAAAGCCUACCCUGGAGAUUACGGCGGGAGAGCCUAUUGGAGCCCCUGGCGGGAGAAAGGCACCCACCAUGCCUGCCCUGCCCCCACCUGCUACUCAGCCCGUACCCCAACCUCCAACACAGCAGCAGCCAGUACACAGGUACUCAGCACCAACUAUUCAGCCAGUUGGUCAUCAAGUCAGCCAGUUUAGUUUGCCGCAUUCACAGCAACAGAAUCCUCUAAAUAGUGUUGCAGCUCCCUACUCCCAGCAAUCUCCGUUCAGCCCUACUCGUGUAACUGACUGGGCGAGAGAGGCGCCGGCCAUAAUCGAAGAAUCUGUCCCAGAGUAUCAGACAACGGGUCAGGAGAUCGUGAAAAGACAAGAUAAUCCACUGGCUGACUCCCAUAGCGCUACAACAGCUUGCCAGUUUUGCUUUAAGCCUACAAUGUAUCCUGGGAUAUACGACUAUUAUGAUACGUUGACGCACAAGUGCGAAGAGACAAUGUUAGCGAUGCGAUCGAGGGACGGGAAAGGUCCUUGGGUUCGAGUGAGGGAGAGGAAAAAUCAUCGUGAAUUUCCCGGGAAUUAUGUACUAUGUAAUUGUAUCAAAUAUAAGAAUCCGGCUUUCUGCAAGUAUGGGGAGGAAUUGUGUAGCUUUGCACAUAAUGAUGUCGAGAAGUUUCUUUGGAAGCUUGAAAAAGAUGGAAGGUUUGAUAUCACUGAGUACAUGAUACAGAUUAAGAAACAUAAGGAUGGCAAUGGAUUUAAUUUGCAGGAGUUUUUGGCAAAGCAUGGUGGGUAUUUUGAGUUCAUCUGCAGAGGCUGUUACUACGGUACACCACCUAAGAUUUCAAUGGUCUCCAAGGAUCGGACAAGAUGCGCAGGCAUUCAGCCACAUCUAUGGAAGGACUUUAAAAUUCUUGCCUUCUUUGGCCCAAGCUCUGUCAUCGCAAUUAAUCCAAGGGGCUUUACGCAUAAAUCAGCCUUCUUCAAAAUCUGUAAAUACCUGAUCUACUGUUCGCGUAUUGUGAAUGCUAGCUGCAAGUUUGCCCAUAGUGUGGUAGAAAGAGAUUUAUGGAUGGUCGAACGCGACACCAAUAUAACAAGGGAGGAGAUUGUCCGUCAGUCCAAGGAGGCGUCGUUCCAGACUGGGGCCCCGAGUUUAAUGCCUGCCCAGCCAGCCAAGGCCACACCCACUUCUGUAAUGGCGUCUUCUGGAGCUGUUGUAGUGGCCAGUCAGUCACCUACUCAUAUUGCGGAUGCUUUUUUCAAGACCGGUGACGUGGCCCAAUGUCCAACAGUAACGGAGGUGUGCGAGACUUGCUGGAAACGUGGACAGAAAACACUACAGACCCCUGGGAAGGACCGCUGUCAAAAGAACCAUGCAAAUUGGAGCUGUAAUGUGGUGUACCUGCUCAGUCCAUCCUUGAAAGAGUUACGGCCCCUGCCAAAGAAAAUUCCGAAGGGGCUGAACUUCCUGAUUUGCAAGUACAUCCAGGAGGGGAAGAAGUGUGGUUACACAGGGACUGGGCCGUGCCAGUACGCUCACUGUAAUGAUGAGUUGGAGGCUUGGAAGUACAUGUGCAUCAACGGCUUGAAGGCAGCUGCUGAACUCUCAGAAGCCAGCAAAGCUGCCCAGAAGGCAAGAGCUGAGGCUUCCAAGCCGAAAAUUAGCGGUCAGUCAGUAGUCACUGCAACACAAGCAACUGGUCCCGUGCGCCCAGCCAUGCCUGUUCCAAACAAGAACACGUUCUACUGUAACUAUUGCGGGGUGUUCUGCAAUAGUCAGAAACAAUGGGACGAACAUUGCGUAUCGGACAAGCAUAAUUUUAAUGUCAACUCUGACAAGGAGCAUCACUGGAACUAUAGGCAGCCACCUUGGACCCCGGGGAAAUACUAUGAGCUAUGCCAUCAACACAUGUCGGGAGAGAAAUGUCACUAUUCGCAUGUCCCAGACAUGUACAACCUGUGUCAGUACGCCCAUAGUCAAGAUGAACUGGACGAGUGGCAGGAGAGAUACCAGUGGCGGCAGAUGAAACGUGACAUUGCUCGGCAGGAGAAAGUGUUCUCAUACAUGGACGAACUACUCGAGAAAUACGAGAAUUCAACGGAGCCAAUCAAAAUUAUCAGUGAGGAGCUGGAUGGGGUGGAGGUCGUAUGUCACAGUGACCUUCACAUUUACAAGGAGGAGAAAGAGACAUUAUACACAUGGACAUUCCUUUUGUCCACACUGAGACCCCUUGAGAAGGUUUCAUUGCUGUACACAAGAGACCGACUGCAUUUCUCAUUGGUAGUCGGCUCUGAGCGAGGCGUUCAAAUCUCCCAAGGCGAGAUAUUCUGUAAUAAUCGAGACAACGACGGAAAGCUCCAGUAUAAGAUCCCGCUUAAAUUCACUGGCGGAAUGUUUGGUUCAUUCGAGCAAUGGAUUGUGUUUGAUUUCGGCUCUGAGCCGGUUCUGUGUCGUAAGAUCAGCGUGGAAAUCGGUGACCAAUCGGCGCAUGAAAAGGUUCGUAAUUUAAGGGAACAGCUUCAUUUUGAUCGCUGGACAAGUCAGAAUCGACAGAUUGUGAAACAUGAGCAACUACAAGAAGGUGAAGAAAAGCUCAUGGCUAAAUACAAGGAGCCGUCGUCGGCUACAGCAGUAGUUACAGGGACCACGGUGGUUCGGGAACUAAAUCGACACAACUAUAAUGGGAAGAUGCAUAAAUUGUUGGAGCUGGAGGAGAUGACGAGACAUCAAGUAAUUUCAAGCUACAACUUGUGUGUAAACAUCGAAUGUCUCCAGUCUAUCCAAGAGAACACGUACCUGUAUGCCUUGCCAGGAGAGCUGUUUGCCAAAGUUCCUCUGCAAGAAAGCCUGACCGAGGACACUGAUGCAGGCAGAUUGAUCUUGACCAGUGUCCGGAAAGUUCUGCUGGCCCCUCAGGAUUCUAACUCACAGAUAGUGUAUGAGGCAGUUAUAGUCAAGGAAGAAAACUUCAACUUCUUUGGUGGUCGUGACUUCAUCUACCUCUGCCUUUCCCCACCCUGCGUACAGCAGCUGAAGCUUAAGCCAGGUUCUCAGCUGGAUGUGGAGAUUCAGUUUCAGAUGGAUCGACUCUUCUUCUGCCGCAUGCAUUUUGCUGUUGAUCAUUUGGAGAGUGAGGGAAUCGUGUUCCCUGAUGUACCGAAGAUAAACCCACUGAGGAACGAGAAACACAACCUAAAAGUCAGUUCAUCUGUACUAAACCCAGACCAGAUGGCAGCAGUAAGACAUAUUGUAGCCGAGCGCACAGGUUACACACCACCAUUUGUUCUGUUUGGGCCUUUUGGAACCGGAAAGACGGAAACCAUCGCACAGGCCACUAUGGUGUUACUGAAGGAAACCCAAAACACCAAGAUUCUCAUCUGCGCUCAGUCUAACAGUGCUGCAGACUUGUACAUCGUCAAACAUUUAGACGGUUUACUGAAGAAGUCUGGCAACUCAUCACAGCUGUGUCGUUUAUACCAGCGUGAACGCCGAGUAUUCACCAUUCAGGCCGAGGUGAAGAAAUAUUGUCUUCUUUCCCCAGGCCAUGACUCUAUAAAGAUGCCAACUAAAAAGGACAUUGAAAGAUUCCGGAUUGUGAUCGUGACGGUUACAUCGUCACUUGAACUUGCAAACCUGGGCUUACAGGGAAUGUUCACCCAUAUCUUCAUAGACGAGGCCGCCCAGACUCUAGAAUGUGAGAGUCUUAUGCCGCUCACUCUCGCCACAGAGCGUACAUGUAUUGUACUAGCCGGAGACCAUCAGCAGAUCAGCCCCAAGGUGUACAGUGAGGAAGCAAGGAACCAGAAAUUUCACCAGUCCCUUUUAGAGCGCCUAUACAACUACUAUGACUCCCACUCAAACCUUAUAAAUGUGGAGACACCUCUAAACAUCCUCCUUAGCAUCAACUACCGCUCCAAGAUGGAGAUCCUCCGAUUUAUUUCGGCCGUCUUCUAUGGGGGUCCAGAUGUCUUAAAGUCGGAGGCCAAUGUUCCCUCAGUGUUGUCUGUCACGCCGUUGUUGUUUUAUGCAGUUCAGGGUAAAGAGAAACAAAGCGAGUCAGGUGUGUCAUAUUACAAUAUGUCAGAGGUGCAAGAGGUCGUGGAAAGAGUGGAUGAGCUUUACCAAAAAUGGCCCGAAGAGUGGGGCCCACCCACUGCCCGAGAGAUUGGCGUGGUUACACCCUACUAUGAUCAGGUUUCCCUGAUUCGUAAGAAGCUACGAGAGAGAAACCCGGCCCUGAAGCAGGUGGUGGUUGAAAGGGUGCAGGGCGUACAAGGCAAGGAGUUUCGAGCCAUGUUCAUCACAACAGUAAGGACCCGCUACUUGAUUGAUGAGCCUCAUAUACAUAGUGACGUCCUCUCAGACAAAGCAAAGGAGGACUUUGGUUUUCUCUCUGACUCUAAACUCCUGAAUACUGCGUUAACUCGAGCCCAGUCAGUUGUUGUUGUAGUUGGCGACCCUGUCGCUCUGUGUGCUAUUGGGGAAUGCAGUAAAGUCUGGCAGAUAUACUUGAAGCACUGUCAAAACAUGGGCAGUCUGUUUCCCCAGAACCACAGUCUUGAGUCGAUCAAGCAGCAGGUACAGAGUCUUCAACAUUCACCAGCACGAGAGAGGCUUCUCCACAUGGCAAAUGAAAGGAUGAGACCACAGAGUCAGAUACAACCCAAGCCACAAGUAACUGUGGCGUCAGUUUGGAAUCAAAAUCAGUCAAAGUCCAGCACAACGUCAGCCUUUGACUCGACGUUUUCGUUUGGGCAGGGAAAGUCAACACUAGAGAAUGUAGAUGGAAUCGAUGAUUUUCCAUAUCAGACCAACAAUGAUGUGCCGCUUCCCCCAUACGAUCCCAGCGUGGAUCCGUUUGGCUCGAGUUUCCCACAGUUUCACGACACACUGCCUAAUGUUAAUGCUCUAGCCGGGAUAGGUAACACUCUGCAGCCAGGUCAGUCAAAUCCUAGUUUAAAUGCUGGACCUACCUUUACUGGUUCCCAAGGGAUCACCGUUGGGCUGAGCUCAUUAAGCAUAUCGGGAACCAGUGUGCCACAGCCAAUUAAAAGCCCCCUGGUACCCUUAAAUCCCUUCAGAGGCACUUUUAAGGGGCCAGCACCUUUAAACACCUUACAUCCUAGGAAGAUGGAGAGUUUUUUUGAUGUCGGUGAAGAUUUUACGAUUGAUUCUGAUGAUGUUAUAGUACAGAUUAAUACAUUUGGAGGUAAGCAAAAUGGAAUGUUGGGGCAAUUGAGUAAGACUGUCACCGUUAGAGAGGAAAAUGGGUAUGCAGUAACAAGUAACUGCGAUAAACUUCACCUUGAUGGACAAGAUGUUUUCCAAAUGUAUUCUGAAGACCAGCUUAGGCAUAUGCUUACUGACAAGUCUAGGUAUGUCAAAUGCAUUUUGAAUGCAAAAGAUGGUAAUUAUUAUGGCCAGGUCAAGGGAAAUGAAAUAAGAGUUAAGAUUCCGAGUUUAUCUAUGUGUGGCCAGGCAAUGAAUGGGGAUGAAGUUGUGAUAGAAAUGGUAAAGGAGAUGAACCAGAUGUUAGGAAGGGUUGUAGGUGUCCUUAAGAGAGGUACUGAUCUAAGAGACAAAGUCAUUGUAUGUCGAAUGGGAGAAAAUAGCGGAGUUAUGGUACCAAUAGAAGAAGGGCUGUCCCCAAUGUUUAAUGUCAUAUCUCAAGGAAAUUUGAAAAAUAGCUCUGAAGGUAAUGUCUGUGUGUAUAAAAUGACUAAGGCCAAGCAAGUUAGAUUCAGCCAUUUUGAAAAGGUAUCGCCAGUUGAUGUAAACGAAAAGUUGUUUGCGGUCCGAUUCCUGAAGUAUGAUAGUAAGGUCUACCUGCCGCUGUGUAUUGUUUUAGGGAUGAUAUCUGCUCAGCCUGAUGUAGUUGCCAGUGAAUAUGUAUUGGAUCUGGAGUACCACAUGAGGAAGUCGUACAAUCAAAGAGUGAAUCAGGAAACGGAGACGGAUUUUCCAGAUGGUAGGUCAAUUCCUGCAGAUCUUUUAAAUGGAAGACAUGUUGAUAUGCGAGAUAUGUGGUGUUUCUCUAUAGAUCCUGAUGGGACCGGAAAUUAUAACCAAGCUUUCAGUAUCGAUGAGGACGGGACAGGGUCGUACAGAGUUGGCGUUCAUAUUACGGAUGUUGCCAGUGUGGUGAGAAAGGAUAGCGGAGUCGAUAUGGAAAGUCGUAAAAGAGGGAUUUCAGUUUACCCUGUACAAGGUCAAGCCAUUCAAAUGUUACCAAACAGGCUUGCUACACAGCUGUGUAGUCUGAAAGAAAAUGAAGACCGAUUAGCCAUUUCAGUGUUAAUGACAGUUCAUUCAACAGGGGAGCUAACCCAGAUAAAUGUUCAGAAGUCAGUCGUGAACUGCAAGAAAAACUUCACAUACAAGGAAGCGGAAGAAAUUAUUCAUGAUCCGCAUGCACAUGAGGAUUACCUGAAGAGUUGUGUAUUUGUCCUAUUUGAAAUCUCCAACCUAUGGAGAAGAGAUAGGCUCGGGAAUGCAGCCCUUUGCCUUGACAAGUCAGAUAUCACCGCUUCCUCCCUAAGUCAUCAGUUGGUUGAAGAGAUGACAAUAAUGACAGAGCACCAUAUUGCAAAGAUACUGUGCAAGAAUUUCCCAGAAAUAACGCCAAUUUUAGUUCAAGCGGCUCCACCUAUGGCAGAGCUAGGCGUUUGGAAGACAGAGCAUGCAGCUGAUGCAGUUAAUUCCAUAGCGCUGACGAAGCCGUUUUUGAAUGAAGCGGUUCAGGAAACUUGCAAGUGUAGCCUUGCAUGUACACAUACAGUCAACUAUGUAAGGCAGUUUAAUAUCGCAAAGAGGGAACAGAUUGAUGUCAUUUCUAUUCUAUGGGACAGCUUGAAUGAGGCUGUGGGAAUCGGCGACCAUCUUACCAUGAUGAACAUUGUUGUUUCUGCAGAAAACCAUCCACAGAUAGCAGUUGCUUUAAAGAAACUGCACAGCAUUCAACAACCUUCUAGGUAUGUCUGCUACGCCGAUUUGUCGGAGAAAGCAGCUAUACAUUACAACAUCAAUAAGAAUCCGUACACUUCCAUCACAAGUCCGCUAAGCUGUUACAUGGGUAUAAUCACUCAAAGGCUUCUGUUGGCGUGCUUGGAUCAGAAGUUAGGUCCGUAUACAACAGAUGAGAUUAGGGCUGUCUGUGAUGAAAUCAAUAAGUCCAAAGUUAAUGCUGAGAAGUACGAACAAGAAUAUUUUGCCCUCCAGUUAUCAGCGGCUUUGCUCACGAGACCUUUAAUCCUCCAACCCUUAGUGAUGGAACUGAAUUUGCAAUACAUCAACAUCUGUUUCCCUACACUACAGUGCCUUGCCAAUAUUCAGAAAGUUGAUCUAGCAUUACUAGGGGUGUGUGAAGACCCAAAUGCCACUCCAGAGGGCCAUGUUCUAUUGAAAUGGCAGGAGAGAGUCUAUGAUUAUGGGAUUUUACAGCAUCAAGCACCUGCAGGAAAUAACAAUGGAGAGCUGAACGCAGAUCGUUUCAUAUACAAGAUCCCAGCCUACCACUGGCAGAGAUUGUUAAUUGCUGUUCGAGACCAGGAUGAAGGUCAGAGAAUUCAGAAGUUGAAUGCAGCCAUACAGAUCGUGGGUAAGCAGGUAUGCAAUCCUGCCAUGGGUGACAUGUAUAUCGAGGACGUAACUUCGGAGGUACAGAAACUUGGAACGAUAAAACAUUUCGCAGAAUUUACCAUGAGGCUUCAUGCGAGUCAAGUGUUACUGGUUCAGCUUUCAGCCAGGUUAGAAAAUGCUGUUCUUGCACCCUAUCUUCAGCUUCUUAGUCUGACCAACAGUUUGGACAUAUGUCUGCAGCAUCGUCAGAAUCCUGUGGAGAGUUUUGUUAGCAUGCCCUCAGUUAUGAAGUCAACAGUAACACCUCUUGGUGACGUACAGGCCUACAAAGAAACAUGGUCAGCGAUUACAGAGAUAGAAGCUUGUACCAAGGCUGUAGGAAGUAAUGACAGACUUCUUGUCAACAAUGUUAUCGUGGACUGGAAAAUACCGACCACUGCGUCAAACCACUUUUUAGCAGAACUUACUCUACCAGUCUCUUUCAUGAAAGCCCGUCAGAUUAAACUCUCUUCCACUCUUCUGCAGUCUCUUCUGUUUAAUCCAAAGAACAGUACAUACUGCAAUGCGUUCUUCUCAGAUUUCAUUUGUCUAAGGUAUGCCAACAUAACAGUGCCUGAUAAAACUGGUUUAUCCGAUUCUCUGGCCAAAAUUGUCAAUAACAGAUGUGCAGUCACAUGGGUUGGCCACUGUGUUGUGAUUGGUGUUACCCAUAGCAACGACAGAGUUACCUUCAAGUUGAAGUUGAUCCAGAGUGAUGUGCCUUUAUCCUUGCCGCUGAUACAAAGGAGACCGUGCAGUGUCGAGUUCAUCCUUCGAUCAGAUCAUGACAGGAUGGUGAUGUAUGGACUAAAGAAUCUUGAAAAUGCUUCACAACUAGCUACCGAUGUUGCCCUAAGGCAGACUCCAAGUGUGGCCACUCAAUACGCUGAUGUAGACCAGCUAAUGCAGUCAUCGAGACAAAUCCUUCAUGUUCCAAAUCAGCAGCAGGAAGAAGCCCUUAAGCACGCUCUCGCCCAGCCCCUGUGUGUGAUUCAGGGAUGCGUGGGCUCCGGGAAAUCCAUGAUGGCCGCCAAACUGGGCUACAUGUUUGCCCAAAGAAAUCAGGCUCUCCAGGCCGGGGGCAGGCUUCAAGUGCUGGUGUGUGCCCCUACCGAGGCUGGGGUUGAUUUGGUUAAUGGUUACUUCAUGUCUCUGAACAGCAGCUCUCCGCGUGUUGUGCGGGUUUACAGCCCCGAUGUGGAGAGGGUCCUCCAUCCCCCCCCAAGGGUUGUAUCCCGAUCUACAAGUACAUUUGCUGACCAGGAAAUCAGUCAAAUCAAGAACCACUACUCUUCCCUGUCUCUGUAUGAACUCAUUAGGGGAAGUAAUUCUCCCUACUGCAAAAGCCUUAAAGAGUAUGAAGGUCUGUUCUCACUGUACCCAGACGACAUUGCAGACGACCAAUUCGAGGAUUAUAUACAGCUUGUUUCCCGUGCAGAGUCUGCAGUACUGGCCGAGGCUGAGAUUAUACUGUGUACAUGCACAACUUCCGCUCAGCUGAAAAUCUCGUCCGUAGCUAAUGUACAACAGAUAAUUGUCGAUGACACAAACACUGGUACAGAACCAGAAGUACUGGUCCCCCUCUCGAUUUACGGGGACGUAAAGCAGGUCACUCUGAUAGGCGAUAUAAACCAGGCCGGUCCCACUGUUGUGAACGACGUGGCUAGACAAUUGGGACUGGGCCAGUCCAUAAUGAGAUCUUACCUGUCAACGGCUGUGUACCUAAACAUACAGUACAGAGUGCAUGAAGGUAUCGUAGACUUCCCGUCCCGCUUCUGUUACGACAAUCGCCUCCUGUGUGGGUCAAUCGCCCAGCGUCAACCGUCCGUGCUAAACUGGCCAGGGGGUCGUAAUAAGCCUGUGGCAUUCUGUCAACUAGAUGGACAGGAGCAAAACCUACCAAUGAAUGUUGUCGGUGCCCCUGCGGAACAAAAAUGUGUUAACUUGGAACAGGCUGACUUUGUGGUUCAGGUGGCAGUUUCCCUGGUGAGGACGUACAAUGUUGCCAUGACUAGUGUUGGUAUUGUUUGUCCAAGCCGCGCUCAGUGUAAGGUGGUGAAGGAUAAGUUAGCAGUGACCGGGUGUAACAUACCGUGCUUUACCCUGCAUGAAAUACAAGGUCUGGAGUUUGACUAUGUGCUGUUCAGUACCAUACACAGCCUGCCUGCUAUGAACAUAGAGCAGUUCCCAACACAGAAAUGGCUGAAUGAGAAGCUUGGGGUCCUUACUGACCAUGGACAGGUCAUUUCAACAUUGUCCAGGGCUAGGAAAGGGCUUGUCAUUGUUGGCAACGAGAAUUUGCUAAGAUGUGACAAGUUGUGGAAUCGACUCCUGACAGAAUACAGUCAUAGUAGCAGACUGGUUACCGCUGGUCAAUUUCUCAAGGCUAUGUCCAUGUAAUUAAGGGGCAUAACUGGGAUAUGAAAUAAGAACAAAAACGGAGUUAUCUUCUCAUAUAGGACUGAAUAUACAUUUUGGCAUGUUUCCGGAAAUUAUGAUCGUUAUGGUGUAUACGUUUGAGGCUAUAUAAUAUAUAUUGCUAUUUAAAGUUUGUCUGAUCUUAUUUGGUGAGGGAUUUAUUUCUGGAAAUAACAAUUGUAAUGGUGUUGACGUUUGAGGCUAUAUAAUAUAUAUUUCUAUGUUAUGUUUAUUUGUGCUUAUUUGGUGAGGGAUUUAUUAUAAAACAUAUGUAAUUUUAUUAUAUUUAUACCUUUGUUUAAAAUUUAAAUGUAACUUAGAUGUAAUGUUUUCUGAAUUCCAAACAAGAUGUAUAUUUGCAAUUUUAUAAUUAAUAACAUUGAUAAAAUAUGUGUACCCAUACUAAUUUGAUUUAGCUGCUCAUACAAACUGACUAGAUAUGUGUACCGGUACUAAUUUGAUUUAGCUGCUCAUACAAACUGACUAGAUAUGUGUACCGGUACUAAUUUGAUUUAGCUGCUCAUACAAACUGACUAGAUAUGUGUACCGGUACUAAUUUGAUUUUAGCUGGUCAUACAAACUGCAAUGAAUUAUUCAGAAUAUUUUUGUUCGUGUGCUAACAGUGACAUUAUAAUAACGAGUCUCACCCACAUGUAUCUAGACUGAUAAAAAUAAUACAUGAAUGUUUGGCUUUGUCAGUUACUCAAGUAAGACAAGUUAAUGAGCAUCGCCAUUCCAUUACGUCACUGUCAAAUAACAGUAUACUUGUUGCAUGUUCUAAUUUAAGCUGUACUAGUUGAUCCUUUCUUUUGCAUCAAUUUUAAAAAAAAGCGCCUUAAAAUCUUAUAGUUUCUUACAUACAUGUUCACAACAAGUGCUAAGCAUGUGAUUUGUGUUUUAUGUUGAAUAUUAAUGAUGACCUUUCAAAGUAAAUUAUAUUUUCCUUGACUAAUUUUUAUUGUUGUCAGAUCCUUAAUAUGUUUAUUUGAGAUCAGUUUCAAGCUGUUAUUUAUGUCUUAUUUAAUGAUCAAAUGGCUGAAAACCUACUGGUCCAAUGCCACCUAACGUAGAAUUAAAUUUGUAUUGCCUUGAAUUUUAGUUGUAUGUAUUUCAUAGAAAAUUUUAAUUUUAAUAUACUUUCACUGUUUAUUGUCAAUACAGAUCAGUAUUGUAUGAUAUGCAUCUUGAUUGGAAGUCAGUUUUUACAUUUGUAUGUACAUUCAUUAUAUUGUACAUAAUCGCUAUAUUUGAUUGCUAUUAUUGCCAUGGUAAAUACCUGCAUGAUUGAAAGAGUUGUCAGGAUCGAAGGUUACAUUAUAAUGUGUAUUUAAAGACUAUGAAUGGUUGGUGAUUAUGAAGUAGAAUAUGUCUGAUAUGAAAAUGGCCUCCUUAUUACAUGUAUAUUGAAAUAUGUUUUUGUGACUUAGUUAACAUUUGGUGUUGUUGCUUUUUAAUGAUUUGCAAAUAUUGAUAAUGAUGAAAUAAUUGAAUGUUGAUGAAAAUGAUGGAUGGGAAAUCUGUCAUUUAGUUUGUUGCCUAUUUUGAGGGGAUUAAAGCGAAAAGUUUGUAAGUGACAUUCAAUACAGAAGCAAAUAGAAGGUUUUUGCUUUAUCAUCCCUUGAUUUGUAUGCUUUUAUAUUAUUCAUGUAAAUAAUUAUGUUUAUUACUAUGUAACAACUUAUGAAGAAUAGUGGGGUUGGUGUUGACCCUGGGCUGUACUCACAAACUGUUGGCUGAAUACAUCAAUUUUGUAACUACCCAUGUUAAAAAGUAGGAGUUACUUGUUAUGGCGAUGAACUGUAGGUGGAAUAAACUUUAAAUCUCAUUUUAGUGUAUUUGAAUAGUAAGCUAGAAUUAUGAUUUUUUGCAUAGUCUGCCCCAAAAAACUGUGAAUGGGAACUAAUAGUAUGCUUGUUAAUAGAGAAACAAAUGCAAGUCUGCAGUACUUAUGUGAUAAUGUUAUCUUAAAAUUAUCUUAAUUUGCUGCUUUGGACAUAUAUGAUUUGUGUUUGUGACAAACAUAUGAACUUGGGCAUGGCGGACUGUAAUAUGUAUUUUGUGGGUUUGAUUUUUUUUGUAUUAAAUGAAGGCUGGCAGUGGAAAGGUUUUAUAUAAUGUUAAAUAAAGAUGCAUGUAAAUCUUUCUGCUUUGAACCUUCGUUAUGUAUAUACAAGUAUGUAUGUCUGUAUGAAGGACUAUGUACAUUUUGUAUAAGUGUUGAAUAAUCAGACUAAUUUCAUAACCAGUAUUCAAAAUCUAUCUUCUAAUCCGAAAUAAUAGAAAGGGAAUUUUCAUACUAAAUAUUGAUAGUGUCAUUAACAUUUAUUUCAACAAGCAUAUCCUUAUAAAUUUCAAAAUUAACUUAACAUAUUGAAAGACGAAGAAUAAAUUUAAAAUAUGGAUCAUUUUUUGUACAUUCAUUUCACCAGUUUUAAGAUACAUGGUGUUAUUAUCAAACACCAUAAAAAUCAUAAAAGUCCAUGAAAAGGAUUAUUUGAUUAUAUUUCAUCGUCAUGCCAACGCCAGUAUGUAUUGUUUAUAUAUACUGUUUGUGAGUACAGCCUAGUAUACCUGUAUUGUUAUAUAUGUUAAAUUGAUACAUUAUAGCUUUAUAUUAAGUAUAUUUAGUAUGUUUGUAUAAAAUUGUGUUAUGUAAGGAUUUUAAUACAUACAUGUUCAUUUAAUUAGGAUGUAACCUGAAUAUGUAUUUAGGAUGUUACCUGACAAUAUAUUCCGGAUAUUGCCUGAACAUGUGAAAUGGAUUCUACUGAUUAUAAAAUACAGCUUUUUGUAAUCAUGAUAACAAAUAAGCUGUCAUUAUUAAAAUUAAAAAUAACAUCACAGCCAAAUAAAAUUUACAUGUUUGCUUAUUCUAGAUAAAUAAAAUAUACAUAAACUUUGUAUAUAAUUUUUAUAUUAUUACAUGUCUUUUUCACCUUUAAUCCUACUCCCAGUUUUCACUCUUAAUGUGUUUUGUAUAAUUGGAAUAAACUUAAAAAUAAAUUUAUUGGUAUAAGAGUAACGUCUUAAUAGCUUAAUGUCAUGAUCUUUCAUAAAAUUUUAUUCUUUUCAUUUUUUUUUUAAUAUUGUACAUUUACUUGCUAACUUGAUUAAUGGCCAUGAUGAAUAUACAUGUUAUAUUCCCUGGUAUCGAUGAUUAAAUGUUUACUUCUUAAAGACUAAACAGUCCAAAGACAAAUAUUAAAUGUAACUCAUUAUGUUAAUUAAUUACUGAGAAUAAUUUUCACUAGUUUGACAAUAAUGUUAUUUAAAUCCAUUUAUAUUUUUUUCAAGUAGUUUGCUGUUUAAAUAUUGUCGUCUGUAAUUUAAAUCCUAAUCAUUAUGGUAAUGAUUACCAAAGUCUGUCCUGGAGUGUGGCAUAAUGAUUGUGGCUAAAAUGGCAAAUUUCAUAAUAUCAGGAUAUUCCAUAAAUUUGUUUUGUGAUAUUUAGUUUCUGUACUUCAAUAUAGGUCUUGGCUUAUUUAUGUCAGGAAAAUUUCACCUUCAGACAAUUUUUCAGCAAUGUUUAAAAAAUUUAUUUUCGAUUUCUGUGAAUUAUUAUUUUGGAUCACCUUUAUUUUAAUCUAAGCCCUACAUUUUGAACAUAGUGGUAGUCUUAAAACUUCAAACUUUGUUACAAAGCAUUUUUUUUAUUUUUUGAACAUGAUUUAUAUAUGCAAGAUGUUAAGAUAAUUCUUUGAAAUGAUGACUUAAAUAUUUUUUGAAUACACGCUCACUCUGCCCAUUCUUAAUCAUUAAGAAUUUACUUCAUGUUAUCUAACUCUUAAUUCUAAUAUUGAUUAUUCAUCUCUGCUCAACCAAUACCAAGAUCUGUUUGGUAAGAAUAUGGUUUGAUUCUCAGAAAAUAUGUAGUAGUUGAUUUUUUAAAUGAUUCUUUUCGGCCAUAUACAUGUAGAUAAAGAUUUU